UUUCAUCCAAAGGCUUUCAUUGAAUAACCCAAACAAAAUGAAUAUGAAUCUAACACCAAAUGUAACUUUUAUUAUGAGCUUGUCAUAUAAUAAAUGAAGUCUAAAGAGGAUUUUUAUUAGUUAUUCCAAGUUUCAAUAAAUUCCAUACAUGGAGAUGAGACAGAUCAUGAUCGUUUUGUUAUAUCUGUAAAUAUAAUGUAUAACAUCCCUUUCAUACUAGGGAGCUUACUUUGGUUCUCUGGAGAUUAUCAUUUGGGGCUCGCAAUAGGACAGACGUAGGGAUAGAAUUUGGGACGAUGUUAUCAGCUGUAAACAUUAGUUUUGGUUGGAUCAUUAUUCACACUGGAAGAGUACGAGCAAAAGGCGUGAAAAUAGCAUUACAUUUCUGCUACGAUCAUAUUCUUUGAUGAAAGGUAUGUAUAUUCAUUUCAGCAAUUUCCUUAGUAUCGAAGAAUAAGACAUUGUUUAUAAAUACACCAAUGAAAAAAACCUUAAAGUAAUAGAUGGAAUACUAUUCGUUCUUUUAAGAUGUGGAAAGUCUUCCUCCUUGUGAUUAUUUCGACUUGCGCUUUGGAAUGUGCAUCUGAUACAAAUGAAGUUACUAUCCAAACAAGGCUUGGCAGUAUCAUAGGUACACGCCAUACCACUUAUAUGAAUAAAGGAACUGUGUAUGAAUUUCUCAAUAUACCAUACGGUAAAGCACCAAUCGGCCAUUUUAGAUUUCAAAAACCACGUCCUUAUGGAGCUUGGUCCAGCACACUAAACGCAACCAAACUGGGUCCAGUUUGUCUUCAAUCAACUAACCAGAAUUUUAAAUAUCCAGGAUUCGCUGAAGAUUGUCUCAAGCUGAACAUUUAUAUUCCAAAUGACCUUCAUUCUACAAAUAACAAAUCUGUCAUGGUUUGGGUUCAUGGUGGCGCAUUUGCAUUUGGAUCUGGGGGCUUGUACGAUGGAGGCAUGCUUUCGUUGGUCGGGGACGUCAUUGUGGUGACGAUAAACUAUCGUUUGGGAAUUUUUGGAUUUCUUUCUUCGAGAAAUACGCAAGCAAAAGGAAAUGCAGGACUGUGGGAUCAGAUUCUCGCCUUCAAUUGGGUAAGGUAUAACAUUGGAGACUAUGGUGGAAAUCCAAAUGAUGUAACAAUAUUUGGGGAAUCUGCUGGGGGUUUCAGCGUUUCAAUUCAAUCCUUAAUUCCGAGCAACAGGGGACUCUUCCAUAAAGUGAUAUCUCAAAGUGGAGUUGCUAAUUCCUUUUUAGCUCUUUCCAAUUCUACAUCUUCUACUGUUGAAGUUGGUAAAAAUGUUGGAUGUGUAUACAAUGAUCACUCACUUAAUGAUCAUAGUUUCAUUGAUUGUAUGAAAGGAGUAGAUUCUGAUGUCCUUUUACAAGCAGUUGAUGUAGUCAAUAGUAAACUUGGACUGAACACCAUCAUGCAGAUUCCAUUUGGACCAAUAGUAGAUGGAGAGCUUAUUCGUAGGGAUCCAGUUUUGAUACUGAGUGAUGAAACAUCCUCUGAAUUCAAUUUUUAUCAGUCUUUAGACAUACUGACAGGAACCUGUACCGGGGAAGGAUCUCUAGUAGUGGAUCUUAGUGUAGCAUUUCAAAAUUCUAUUAACUUUAAUUUUAGUCAAGGCGUCCCUACACGUGACAUGAGCCAUACUUUGAUACCUUAUUUUACAAAGACAUUAUUCAACAGCAGUGCUGGUGCUUCAAAUAUUAUUUGUGAAAGGUACUGUGUAAGGAACGACAAUGAAGAGCAAGGGCGACAGUUUCUAAACAUGUGGAGUGACGCUGCUUUUGUUGCCCCUGCCACCCAGGCUUUGAAAUAUCAUUCUCAUAACAUGCAAAGAUCAACUACUUACCAAUACGUUUUUUAUGAUGAGCUAUCCUAUACGACUCCUGCUGAGGCUUCUUGGUACAAGGGAUCAGCACAUGCUACGGAUGUGUUUUACAUGUUCUUUUAUGAGAAACUGAAAUCGACCGGCAACUUCACAGAAGGCGCAGGCGUUUUAGUGGACCAAUUACGAUCAUACUGGACAAACUUUGCGAAAACGGGUAAUCCCAACGGUCCCGGUUUACCACAUUGGAAACAAUACGAUGAAGGUACCUCACAUCCAUACAUGGCCCUCCAAUCGUUGAAAACUGCCGUAGGGACAAAUUACAGGGAGGAUUAUACGGAUUUCUGGGAUAAGGAUGUUCGUAGUAUAUUAAAUAGUGGAUGCGGUCACGAUGAUUGCGCGGUUCCUAUUGUGGGAUAAACUUUUAGAUUAAUUUCCUUUAAGCUUUAUCUAUAUUUUCUUGACUGAUCUUUGACUCUGCAGAAGGUACAAUGUAGCAAACUUCCGUAUGUUUAUAGGAAGUGAAAUCGA